AUAUACAGAUAUUACUCUCUCUCUCUAUAUCUAUUAGUUUAAGUUUACUGUUUAACUGUAAACAAACACAAGAACAUGUGCAUUAUACUUUACUUCAGCUCUAAUCAUACGCAUGAUUAAUCACUAAUCACCUGUUUAACUGUUUAUUUUGAAUCAAUAAUCAGUAGUUGUAUGAUUGAUAUCGAUUCUUCAGGUUUUUCCUGCUAUUUAACUGGAAGCUUCAUUUCAUCAUCAUGUUGCAAUAUUGGCAUAAACCCUAUGUCCAUAGCCGGCUCUACUCACCCACCCAGUUGAGUCUGUUUGGUUUCAAGCUUAAAGUUUCUAAAACAUGUACUGAUUUUAUUGAUUAGUUGUGUUGCUUAAGGUGGAAAAGGAAUUGGAUGAAAUUCGCGGAAGAGAUUUUGGUUUUAGUCUGUUAGAUGAUUUCAUUUUCCUGCAUUUAGGAAUUGAUUAAUAUAUACAGCCAAAUUGUGGUUUGAGCCUUAUUAGCUCAGCCAAAUUGUGGAUGGCUUAAAUUCUAUAUCUCGUAAGUUAGCUGAGUUUUGGAAGCAAGUAAUAACCAGGAAAGGUGUUAAUAUUACACAGAACAUUUCACUGUCUUCAUGUCAAUAAUUUUGCUUGAAGAGUUGUAAAAUUGCUGGCUACUUUGGAUGAUUGCUGAUUUUGAACAGAAAUAAUGUUUAUACUGUUAGUUGGAAAUCCAUGCAGAGAUUACCUUUCAAUGUUUGUUGGCACAUAAUUGGCCAGACUACCUGUUCACUGGGCUAAAUGCAAUGUGAACUUAUGUCAAUUAGCCACAUGGCCAACACUAGAUAAUUGGUAAAUACAAGAACUUCAAAAAUGCUUAAGCAGCUACAUUUAUGCUUUUUAGGUGAUGAGGGAAACCCGUAGCAACUACAUGAGUGUGAACUGGGUAAAUCCCGCCUUGUAAUCCUAGCCGGCAAAGGACUAUAAGGAGAACUUUGAAAUGAUCCUGAAAGCAAAGUUCUGUCUCUGGGCUUGAGGCUAACAUCUAUUUGAACUGUGUAACUUGAUUGCUUCGAUUGCACAACUAGACAUGGAUGUGUGCAAUCUACUGGCUUACAAGUAGAGAUAUUCAUAGAAGGGAGAAUAAAGAAUAUCCCUUUAAUGGGUAUUGACCUUGAGCGGCCAUCAGAAGAACUUCACAGAGACAAGGGCAAUGAAGUUUGUUGUACUGAAGAGGCAGCUGCUAGUGCUGCAAUGACAGUUCAACAUGACCAAGAGAACUUUAGGCCUAAAGAUACACAUCUCGUUUCUGAUGGGGAUAGGGUUCCACUUAGUCAUCAUAAGUUUUUGGAGCCUCAUGAUGGUAUGGAGUUUGAAUCCAAGGAGGAUGCCUUUUCGUUUUAUAAAGAAUAUGCAAAAUCCAUUGGAUUUUCUGUAAUAAUAAAGGCCAGCCGCCGAUCAAGAAUAUCUGGAAAAUUUAUUGAUGCAAAAUUUGUUUGUACCAGAUAUGGAAGCAAACAAAAAGCUUCUGUAUUUGAAACUCCAGAAGCUGUUGCAAAUAUUGAUGGCACAAACAAUACCCCAAUCAAGAAAAAGAGAGGCAGAAAAAACCAAUCUUUGUCAAAAACAGAUUGCAAAGCUUGCUUGCAUGUUAAAAGAGGGUCAGAUGGGAUGUGGGUGAUCCACACCUUCAUAAAGGAGCAUAACCAUGAAAUUGUUCCAGUCCAGUCCUAUAAUGUUCAAGGCCAUAGGCACUUGGAUCAAGGUCACAACAAUGCUGAUGCAAUGCAUGCUGUGCGUGACAGAACAAAAAAGAUGUGUGCAUCAAUGCAUAGACAGUCUGGUGUGGCAAAAAAGCUUGAGAAUAAUGGCAGCACAAAUGUUGGUGCACAGAAUUUGGCUUUAGAUGAGCGAGAUGCAGAAGUUAUGCUUGAAUAUUUUUUGCAUAUGCAAGAUGACAAUCCCAACUUCUUUUAUGCAUUAGAUUUGAAUCAGGAACAAUGCCUAAGAAAUGCUUUCUGGAUUGAUGCUAAAGCUCGGCUUGAUUAUCAUCACUUCUGUGAUGCUGUGUUUUUUGACACUGCAUAUAUCAAGAAUGAGUAUAAAUUGCCUUUGGUUACAUUUAUUGGUGUGAAUCAUCACUUUCAGUUCCUACUGUUUGGCUGCGCACUAAUUGCAGAUGAGAGUAAAUCUACAUUUGUUUGGCUGAUGCGAGCAUGGCUUAGAGCAAUGGGUGGACAAGCUCCUAAAGUGAUACUGACUGACGAAGAUACAGCUCUGAAGGAAGCAGUUGCUGAAGUUUUCCCAGAUUCUCGCCAUUGUUUUUGUUUGUGGCACGUAUUGAGUAAAAUUCCAGAGAAGCUUGGUUCUGUCAUAAGACGGUGUGAAAAAUUUUCUACUAAGUUUAAUAAAUGCAUUUUGAAGUCAGUAACAGACGAACAGUUCCAAAAGAGAUGGUUGAAGAUUGUUGAUAGAUUCGAUUUAAGAAAUGACUUGUGGAUUCAAUCACUGUAUGAAGAUCGCCUGAGGUGGGUUCCAGUGUAUAUGAACAGUAUCUUUUUGGCUGGAAUUUCUACAAUGCAAAGAUCGGAAAGUGUUUGCUCCAUUUUGGACAAAUGCAUGCAACGCAAAACUACAUUAAAGGAGUUUCUUGACCAGUACAAAAAUAUAUUGCAAGAAAUGGGCGAAGAUGAGGCUAAGGCUGAUUUUGAGACAUGGCAUAGAAAGCCGGGAUUGAAAUCUCCCUCACCCUUUGGAAAACAAAUGGCAGCAUUGUACACUCAUGCAAUAUUUAAAAAAUUCCAAAUUGAGGUUUUGGGAGUUGUUGCAUGUCACCCUAAAAGAGAAAGUGGAAAUGGUGAAACUGCAACAUUUAGAGUGCAAGAUUUUGAGGAAGAUCAAGACUUUAUUGUAUUCUGGAAUGAGAAUACAUCUGACACUUCUUGCUCAUGCCGUUUGUUUGAGUAUAAAGGUAUUUUGUGUCGGCAUAUAAUGAUUGUUCUUCAAAUGGCUGGUGUAUACAACAUCCCGUCCAAAUAUAUUUUAAAGCGGUGGACAAAAGAUGCAAAGAGUAGAGAAACAGUGAGGCUAGUAGAUUCGAUUGAGUCUAGGGUUCAACGAUAUACUGAUAUAUGUCAAAGAGUUUUUAAGCUAGGUGAUGAAGGGUCACUAUCUCAAGAAAGCUAUAAUUUAGCAUUCAUUGCACUAGAAAAGGCUUUGAGAAAAUGUAAAAGAGUGAAUAGCUCAAUUCAAUAUGAAGUGGAGCUUGGCUCUCCAUCAAAUCAGGAUCUUAAUAAUUUUGAAGAGGCAACUCAAAGUAACUGUGCACAGAAGACAAAUGAAAAGGAUGAAUCCAGAAGGGAUAAGGUUCAAAUGGAGCAAGAAGGACUAGCCAUUUCAAUACAUGAUAGUUGGCAGCAAAUGGGGCAGCUGAACUCUAGAGUUGCAACCCUUGAUACCUACUUUAGCAGCCACCAAGUUGUUCCAGGAGUGGGACAGAUGAAUACAAUUUCUUCAAUCUACAGCAAUCAACCAGGCAUACAGGAGCUGGGCCAAUUAAACACAACAGCUCCAAUGGACAAUGGUCCGUACCUCACUCAACCAAGAUUGCAUGGACUGACGCAGUUACAUUUCAGACCCCAAAGUCUGCAGAACUAUUUUGAAAUGCCAGAAAGUUUGCAGGAUCUGUGAUCAUUCUAGCACGAGUACAACGGGGAUGCUUUGCCCAACAUUCGGUAGCUUUUGCAUACUGCAUUUCCCGCAACCAAGUUAGCCGUGUUGUAGUUUUGUACAGAAGGUUAUAUCACUGUUAUCCAGCUUUAGACAUCAAUGGCUCUUAUCAGGGGAAAUCAAGUUCAAUGGGGGAGUUACCUUUGACUAGCCCAUUAAAAUGCACAAUUCAACAAUGCACUUUUGUGCUCUCUCAACUUGUAUUUUCUGACUAAAGGCAGAAUUAAAAUCCCUAUCUUCUCAUAGCAAUGAUUAUAUGAGCACAGAGCAUCGAAUUAGUAUAACAAAAAUCGUUUUUUGAUGCAUGCCAUGUGAAUGGGGCAAAUUAUGCUAUGGAUCAUGGUCCACAUUGGCACAUUGUAAUGUAGAUUAUGAAUAAAUGUGCAUUUUUAAUA